GCUUGUUAUGGAGAGAGAAGCCAACCCCUGUCUCUCAAAUUACUUUCUAGAAACAGAAUAACACGGUGAACCAAAAUUUAUUUGAUUUCUAGUCCUCACAGAACGAUCCACUUGUGGGAAUCAUGAAAGAGUUUAGCAUUUUCUCCAUCUGGGUGUUUAUCAGUCUGUUGCUGCUGGAAAGCUCAUCAUGUGCUGGUGACCCAAGUGUUGGUACAGGUCAACAGAAGCACAGCAGAAUGAAUUUGGAAAUUGUGACCCUACUGUGCCUGAAAAUGUAACAAAUAUAUGCAGCAUCUAAAUAUUGUCAGUGAAUCCCUGUUGUUACUACCCAUGUCAGAACUCAGGAGUGUGUGUGAGAUUUGGUACAGACCGCUACCAAUGUGACUGCACUCGCACUGGCUUCUAUGGAGACAACUGCACUGUUACGGAGUUCUGGACCAGAGUUCGUCUCAUGCUGAAGCCCAGUCCUACGGUGGUUCACUUUAUCCUCACCCACUUCCAGUGGUUCUGGAACCUCGUCAACAGCUCUUUCCUGCAAGACACAUUCAUGAGACUAGUGCUGACGGUUAGAAGCGAACUUAUUCCAAGCCCUCCAACCUACAAUACCAAAUAUGGAUACCUCAACUGGGAGUCCUACUACAACAUGUCCUACUACACCCGUCUCCUCCCUCCUGUACCUGAAGACUGCCCUUUGCCCAUGGGAACUAAAGGUAAACCUGUUCUUCCCGAUCCCAAAGUGAUGGCUGAGAGGUUUUUUAAGAGAAAAACAUUUAGGCCAGACCCUCAGGGAACCAAUCUGAUGUUUGCCUUCAUGGCCCAACACUUCACCCACCAGUUUUUCAAGACAAACCAUGAAGUUCAAGGUGGCUUCACCAAGGCUUUAGGACAUGGGGUAGAUGCUAGCAAUAUCUACGGAGACAACCUCAUGCGACAGCUUCAACUCCGGCUUCAUAAAGAUGGAAAGCUGAAAUAUCAGUUAGUAAAUGGUGAGAUGUACCCCCCUACAGUAUCUGAAGUCCCUGUGCACAUGGUGUAUCCCGAAGGUUUCCCUCCAGAAAAGCGUCUGGUCAUUGGUCAGGAGUUGUUUGGCAUCCUGCCGGGUCUCACCAUGUACGCCACCAUAUGGCUCAGGGAGCAUAACAGAGUCUGUGACAUCCUGAAGGCAGAGCAUCCCACCUGGGAUGAUGAGCAGCUCUUCCAGACCACCAGACUCAUCAUCAUUGGGGAGAUCAUCAACAUUAUAAUCGAAGAGUACGUGCAGCAUCUGAGUGGAUACCUGCUGAAGCUGAAGUUCGAUCCCUCCCUGCUCUUCAACGCGCGCUUCCAGUACAGCAACCGCAUCGCUCUGGAGUUCUGCCACCUCUACCACUGGCACCCGCUGAUGCCUGACAGCUUCCUCAUCGACGGAAAUGAAAUCUCACACUCCCAGUUUAUUUACAACACCUCCCUUCUCAUGCAUUACGGGGUGGAGAAACUGGUGGAUGCCUUCUCCCGACAACCUGCAGGACAGAUAGGUGGAGGUCGCAACUCUCAUGAAGUAGUGCUCAAAGUGGCAGAAAUGGUCAUCAGAGAGUCCAGAGCAGCACGUGUGCAGCCCUUUAAUGAGUACAGGAAGAAGUUUAACCUAAAGCCAUACACCUCUUUUUAUGAAUUUACUGAUGACGUAGAAAUGGCCAGAGGUUUAGAGGAACUCUAUGGUGACAUAGAUGCUUUGGAGCUCUACCCUGGUGUCCUGCUGGAGAAAGCACGUCCUAACGCCAUAUUUGGUGAGAGUAUGGUGGAGAUGGGUGCUCCCUUCUCCCUGAAAGGCCUGCUGGGAAACCCCAUCUGCUCCCCUGAGUACUGGAAGCCCAGCACCUUUGGAGGAGAGACGGGCUUCAAUAUCGUCAAAACGUCCACUUUGAGGAGACUGGUGUGCCUCAACACCAAGUGGUGUCCAUACGUGGACUUCCAUGUUCCACGAAAUGAGGAGGAAGCAAAACCAAGGAAACCAUCUACUGAAUUUUAAUUAAUAUUCACCUGAUCAUCUGUGAUUUCAUUAAUUAGUAUUACUAAAGUUUUGUCAUUAUCCCAUUCAGACCGGAUUUAUUGCUCGUGAAGGUGAUUGUAAUACUACAUGUGCUAAUUCAGUGGUUUCAAUCCUGCCUGCACAGAAUGACAUACUGUGUAUUUAAGCAGGUCUACCUUCUGAAAAUACAGCUGACAAAUCAUUUAGUUUCUGAAGAUCUGGUGAAAUAAAUUUAUUCAUUACUAUUUAGCAAGAAAAGUCCUCUGGAUCUCAGAAAUGUAUUUUAAUUUGCUAAUAGUUUAACUCAGUAUAUGACUAUUUUGUUCUAAUUUUCUUUUCAGAGUGGAGGUAUUACAUCACUAUGUCUCCAUGAAGACCAAAUAACAAAAACACCUAAAAUUACUGUACAAUUUACCUGUGAAUUCACUGUAUUUUAAAUUGCCAAAAAAGUAAGAAAUAGCUGAUGAAAUAUAAGAAAUAUUGAUCUGCAGACAGUAAUUUGUGUUGCAUAUUAGUAAAAACACAUCUCAUUCUGGUUAAAAUCCCACAAAUCUUUAUAAUCUGUACAAAAGACAAUGUUGCAAUUUGAAAAUAAAAGUUACAAGUUGGCCACUGA